AUGAGGAUUAUAGUAUCAAAGGUGUCAUUUGAACAGCAAGAGAAAAAGAGCUGUCCAGAAAAGACGUAUCAAUGUAUCCGAGCUAACAUGGUUACUAAUGAACCGAGUGGUUGGUCUUUUUUAAAGUCACCACAGGUUUUUGUUGCCUGCCUGUUGGCUGUAGUAGCUCAAGCUGUACCCACUCCUUACGGAUACGUGCCAGAGUCUACUUACGAUAAGCCUGAACCAUACAACUUUGCAUAUGAAAACAAAAAUGAAUACGGCGACACCCAGUGGCAGCAAGAGAGUGGUGAUGAGUAUGGCAACAAGCAAGGUUCUUACGGUUACCGUGAUGCUUAUGGUGUCUACCGCCAGGUGGAAUAUGUUGCCGAUGAGGCUGGAUUCCGUGCUGUGAUUAAGACCAACGAGCCAGGCACUGCUAACCAGAACCCUGCUGACGUUCAGAUCACUUCUGAAGCGGCUCCUGUGAAUUACGAAGCACCUGUCCCUACUAAGGCUUACAGUGUGCCCAAACAUGCCUAUGCUCCAGUUGUAAAGACCUACACUCCUGCCUACGCCCCAGCUCUGAAAACUUAUGCUCCUGCCUACGCCCCAGCUCUGAAAGCUUACGCUCCUGCCUACGCCCCAGCUCUGAAAGCUUACGCUCCUGCCUACACCCCAGCUCUGAAAGCGUAUGCUCCUGCCUACGCUCCAGCUUUAAAGGUACCAGCUCCUGCAUAUGGCUACUCUUCUCUCCACACCACCACCGAAGCCCCAAGCUAUGGUGAAGAAGAAAACUAAACUAUUUUUUUGUUUUUUAUCCAGGUCAUAUCACCUACUUAAAACACGGU